AUGGCGUUUGUUCAAUGUACUGACGAUCCUUGUUUAUUCCCGUUUCAGGUUAGAGCGUUGUUUGUAUCGGCGCUGGUGUGUGCUACCAGAGCAGGAGUGCUGUCAGGGGCGCACUCCCACCACGAGACCUACGCACCCUCGGCGGCGUAUGGGGCUCCCGCCGCGCAGUAUGGACCACCAGCCGCGCAGUACGGAGCUCCAGCCAUCGAGUCCCACCACGACCACCACCACAUCGACCACCAUCACUCGGACCACCACACCCACGCCGAGCUGGGUUCCGCCGGCGGCUCAUACAUCGCUGACGGCGCCGGAGCUAGCUACAGCAGCCUCAGCGGGCCCGGCGCGUCCGGCCCCAGCCCCGUCAUCGGCGGAGGCUCCUACUCUGGCGCUUCCUUCGGCGGCUCUCUCCAAGGCGCUCCUCUCGAUGGAUCACUAUCUGGUGCAGCUCUUCCCGCUGGUGCCCAACUCGGUGGAGCUAUCGCCAGCGGUCCCGGUGGAAUCAUCGAUGGCUCUGGAUUAGCUGGCCCGUCUGGCGCUGGCUUCGCUGGCCCAGCCGGCGGCUUCUCUGGCCCAGCUGGUGGAUUCGGAGCUGGACCUGCUGACGGAGGAUUCUCCGGCCCUGGCGCCCUUGCCGCCGGCCCCGGCGCUCCUGGCUUCCCCGGCCCCGCUGUGCUCCCCGGAGGAGUGACGACGACCGUCGGCCAGCCACGCGUGCUCGGACAGACGGUGACGGUGGGCCGCCCGCGCGUGUCGGAGACCAGGUUCGAGCUGGCGUCGGUCGUGCAGAACGUGGUGAGACGAGUGCCAGUGGAGGUGACCCGCCACGUGCAGGUGGGCGUGCCCCAGCCGUACCCCGUGCCCGUGCGCCAGGAGGUCCGCGUCAACGUGCCCCAGCCCUACCCCGUGCAGGUCGACGUGCCUCGCCAGGUGCCCUACCCCGUGUACAAGACCCAGCACGUCGAGGUCGAGAGGCCAGUGCCCUACGAGGUGGUCAAGCACGUUCCCUUCGAGGUGAUCCGAAAGGUGCCCGUGCCCGUGGACCGCCCGUACGAGGUCAUCCGUAAAGUGCACUUCCCGGUUGAGAAGCACGUUGAAGUCCCCGUGGCCGUCUGGAAGCCCUACCCCAUCCACAUCAUCAAGCACGUCACCCACUACGAGAAGAAGAAGUGCUGGCACUGCGGCUGGUGAGCGGUGGUUGCGCCCGUGAUAGUACCAAAUGUUAGGUAGACACUGUAAAUAAAUAGUCAUUAGAAUUAUGUACAAAUUAAAGCGUGAUU